CACACAUCGGCUGAGAGCCGGGGGCUUCCGAGGGGCGGCAUCACCCAUCUCUUGGGGCACCUCCAGCUUUGGGGGCACAUCAGACACAAAAAGAGCGGGCACCAAACCCCGCUGCCACCCCACUCAGAAGCCCAGGCACCCAGCACAGUACCAGCCCGUUCCUCCCCGAGCAGCUUCACCGCCCCGAGGGAGGGACGGCUCCCGAGGGACACACAGAGCCCCACGCCUUGCUCCGCACCCCCCGAACCCCUCAACCACACCGACCCCGACGGAGAGACCCCCCGUCCCUCUGAGGCGAUGCCCCCACAGAGUUCAGUCGCCUAUAGAAGAGGAGAAAAAGAAGGAAGGACCCACAGAGAACGAACUCCAACCAGAGGGAGCGGCAGGGGGAAAGGGGGCAACAGGGUCGCGUUUGACCGCCGUUUACCUCAGCCGGUGGGUGAAGCGCUGGCGCCCCGCACCGCCGCCUACCACAGGCCCCGCUCGCCACUUCCGGGAGGAAGAAUCGUGAAGUCUCGUUACCUGCAGAACUAUAAGGACGCCGCGAAUGUUGGUUCAGUGAACUUAUUUUCAACGUCUACUGUUAAACCAUCUUCUGCAACUAAACAAAGAUCAGUUCUUCAGCGGAGCUGUAAAACUCCUGCUGACACUGCCUCUGGCUCAUUAAAUCACUAUAGUUUUGAGAAAAAUGACUUGCAGUCCACUUUAUUAGAUGGAGAUAAAGUUGGUCGACCAGACCUUGAUCUUUCAGCUAUUAAUGAUAAAAUUGGUCCCCAGAAUGCUCCUGAUUCAAACUCUGAGUCUGAUAAUGCUUCAAAGACAUCUGAAGACUCCGAAGAGAUGGAAAAUGAUUCUGAUUCUCAAAUGAGACAGCUGGAAUCUCAGACAAUGCUUUUAACUUACCUCAGAGCAAAGGGAGGAAAAAAUCUUGCUGAGCUGGAGGAAAAAGCAGAGGAAAACUUGCUUAGGUUGUGUGAAGGAAAGGAGAGACAACAGAGGAAGUUCUACAAGUUGAAGCGUGAAAUUCUGCUCAGAGAGAGAGACCAGAAACUUGGUGAAGCAUUAGACAAACAGAUGGAAGUACUUUCUCGCCUUGUUCCUGUUUGUGAACAGUUUAAAGAGCAGUAUAAAAGCUUUGCACAUUCCCUGGAUGACACUAGACAUGAAUUACCCAUGAAGAAUAUCCACAUAGAAGGAGACACACUGACAUAUUUGGAUGAGCUGCAGAAGCAGUUAACUGUCACACAGGAACUUCUGACAGAACUUAUGCCAAGCUACUCAGAAAAUAGUGCAAAAGCACCCAGUCUGCUCAAAGAGCUCAAAGAAGUGUCUCAGAAACUGGAGAAAGAGCUUCAAAGGAGUUUCACACAAGUACAGAAGCUGUCAUUUGAAAUUAGUAAAGAGGUUUCUCUGCACAACCAAAGAAUAUGUGAAGAGAAUCAUGGACUAGAUGUUGUCAAACACUGGUACUUUGACUGAAUUUGUGUCUUGUUUUAGUAAUGGGUGGGCACAAGAUCAACACCAGCAGGCUUGUUAACUUUUUACUUAUUCUAGGAACCCAGAACUUGUCCAGUUUUUGGUAACAUCAGAAUAUGAAACCAGCAGUGUUUAUGCUUACUAAUUUAAGAAAUGGAGUAUGAAUCUGUGUGCUGUACCAGGAAACAACUUUUUUUUUGUAACAUGAAUUUCUGUGGCACUUUUUUCAUCACUUUCUCAAUCACAAUAGUGAAAGGUAGAUCAUAAGGAAUGUUAUUUUUAGCAAAUACAACCUAAAUAUUCUUAAAGUACUUGGUUUAGUUUCUUAGAACUGGCUUCAAGUGCACUGAUGUGCAUCUCUUUCCAAAGCAGUGUUCCUUAGAGGGCUACACAUCAGAAUAUAGGUGUGGAAUUGUGUAGGUGGUGCUGUGCAGGUGCUGAUCUCAUCAGGGAUUUGAAGGAGUAUGCAGAGUGACCUCUGGUCACUCAGUGAGGAAUUUUUAAUUGUCCCUUAUUGUUGGAUUUGCUGAAAUAAAAAGCUGUGUGGGUAGCAAGUAAUGAAGCUGACGACUGGAAAGAGCCUGAUCACUUGUAACAAGUGAAAAGUUUUGGUAAUUUGUUGCCUAAUUACAAACAAAUUAUUAAAUCCUAAAUGUUUUUUUAUUAACCUGA